ACCCGGUCCUGCAGAUGCCACUGGAGGAGCGGGUUCCAACGCCCGGGCCGAAGCCGGCACAGAGGAGUGGAAACCGGGUGUCACCGCGGGGGCUUUCGCGCCGGCCCGGCCCAGGGAACCAGCCGCCCUCUCCCCCCGGGGCCAUGCCCCGCCCCGGGGGGAGAGGGGUCCGGGGGGGAGGGCCGCCUUCAUGCUGGUGGACCCCCUCGCGGGGCCGCUGUCGGCCGGGGCCUGCCGCUGGGACUGCUGUCUAAAGCCGCCUGGGCCAGAAGCUCCUCGUCGAUGCCCUCCAAGACGCCCAAGCCCAAGGCCGCGUCCCAGCCUUCGUCCUCCGCUGCGGCGCGCGCUGCCAGCCGGGAGAACCAAACGGCCGCCACGCAAACGCUGUCCCCGGGCGCCAGCAGCGCCAACCUGUCCAGCAGCAACCCCAGCUCCGACGCGGAGGAGCCAAUGAGCAGCCUCCCCGCCUGGGACCUGCCCACCAUCCCGGAGUCUCUGCUGUCCACCCUCGGCGACCACGACAUCACGCUGCCCGACAACAUCACCAGCCCCUUCUCCACCCACCAGUGGAACACCACCGCCCCCGGGCGCCCUGGGAACAGCUCCAAGCAGAGCUCCACCUCCCCCACCCCCACCUCCUCCACCCCCACCUCCCCCAUCACCUCCCCCACCACCUCCACCACCACCUCCUCCACCUCCAGGAUGCACCUGACUCCGCCUCUCGCUGUCACCACCACGGCCGCACCACCGCCUCCUUCCACCGGGGGCACCACCCUGCGGGCCCCGCUGGCGUCCCCCACGGCCCCGGGGCCCCGACACACGGGGGCCGCCGGCAGCCGCCAGUCGGCCUCGGUGACCGCGGCGACGCCUCCUCCUCUGACGACGCCCCCACCCGCUGCGAACGGGUCACGGGGCGCCGUGGCGGGAACGGGCGGGCCGGCCCCGACGUCUGCCCCCCCCGCCGCCGUGAGCACGCAGCGGGCCCCCGCCGGCCCCCCCGCCUCGGAGGCCCCCCCCGCCGGACCGGCAGCCUCCCCGACCAGCCCCGUUACCGUGACGACCACCACGGCCGCCAUGGCGACCUCCCCCCCAACCACCACCGCCGCUACAACCACCACCACCACCACGCCUCCAACCACCACUGCUCCCCCCACCACCACCACCACCCCCACCACCGCCGCCACCACCACCACCACCACCACCACCACCACCACCACCACCGCCCCCACCACCGCCCCCACCACCACCACCACCACCGCCGCCACAACGACCAGACCUGCGCCAACGACGACCAGUACGACCACCACCACCGCCGCCGCUGCUACGACCAGCACCCCCAGCAGAACCACCACCAGCGCAAAGACACGCACCACCAGCGCAGCCGCCAUCCCGGAGCGGACCACGCCGGCUCUGCCCACCACCACGGAGCCUCCGCCCAGUGCCACCUCCGAGGAAGGGGCGCUGCCCUGCAACAUCACCGAGAAGUACUGGCUCAAAACGGUGCUGUCCAUCCAGUUGCGCCGGAACCGCCUCGAUCUGAUCCUGAAGCAGAAUCUGGCCAAAGGGCUGAGCCACGCCCUGCAGCGAGCGCUCAACGACACCAACGCUAGUGCUCAGAUGGAGCAGGACGCCUGCAGCCCCUACAACGUCACGCUGGCCUACUACGUCACCAGCGGGAAAACCAUCUACAUCGCCUCGCUGGUGGUGGAGGCCCUGAACGUUUACGGCUUUGACAAGCUGCUGUCGGACAUCAGGCAGCACACCCCGUUGGUCAAGGCCGUGCUGGUUCCAGUGGCCACAUGGCUGCCGGCCCCCAGUGUACAUCUGCAGCUGAAAACAGUGCUGCGCUUCAUCGGCCCCACGGACAACAUCUACUCCUGCAGCUUCGUGCAGAUGCUGGAGCAGCGGCUGGAGAACGCCUUUGACGAGGCCCAGGACAAAGUGCUGGAGACCUACAGCCGCCUCACCGUGGAGAUCCAGAGUGUGUCCCAGGUCCCUGCCUCCCCCUCCGUGGCGGUGGUGUACGUGGUGCGGAACCAGGACGCCUUGCUCAACGGCACCAUCUCCAGCGGCCUCCUCAACCAGCUGACCGCAGAGCUGGUGGGAUACUUCCUCUUCUACCCCCCCCUUCUCAUUGCCGAGCCCCUAGAAUACCACAACCUGAACACGUCCGCGGCGACAAAGAGCUAUUGGGUGAUCACAGUGAUCCAGGAUGUGGACACCGGUUCCCUGGAGACCAGCUACCAGAGCUUCGCCAGCCUGAUGGAGCGUCUGGCCGAGCUCUUCCUGGUGGCGGGGCGUCAGGGCGCCCAGGUUGGCCCGCGUCCGCAGGGCCUCCAGCGUUGGGGGCGAUACACCGUACAGAUGGUGAGCAUGCGUCGCCUGGCAGGACCCAAGGACCCCGCGGAGAUGACCUACUACGCCCAGCUCAACGGAGAGCCCAUCCUGGGCACGGCAGCCGCCAAGACCCUGAGCACCCUGGACUCCCAGACCAUGGCCCUGACCCUGGGCUACUUCGUACAAGUACAGGCCGAACCUGUAGUGAAGACUCCUCCUAACCUGUGGCUGCUGGCCGUGAUGACCCCUGUAGCGCUGCUGUUGGUGGUGUUGGGCAUGGUGGCCUUCAUCCUCUGCAAGAGGAACCGGGUCAUCUUCAAGACCAGCGCCUUCAGGACCUUCAAGACCCGCUCCAAGACCUCGUAUCGAAGGGAAGGCAGUUACCACCAUCAGCCAGUCCAAGGCUUUGACUACGCCAAGAAGCACAUUGGUCGGCCCGGGGAUGAAACCACCUCUGUUACCAAGGAAACGCUGUUGCUGGCCCUCCCGGCGCGGGAUGCUCCACUGUCAUUGGAGAGGAAGGCCUACCAGGAUGGGACAGCCAAUAAGAGGCCUUCGUCCACUGACAUGCACAAAGGAGGGCGGUUGCCGAGCGAGGAGGGCGGCUCCAUGUCGAGCGAUGGCUCCGGGAAGCUCAACACGGGGAAGUCGUCAUCGACGCGCAGGACCCUGACAGCGGGCAGCGUGGUCGGCAGCAGUAUCAAGACGAAUGGCAAGGAGGAGCUCCACAAGAGAGGCAAUAACGAUCCUUACGAGGACCACUCCGGCUCGCUGCGUCUGAUCACCAUCAAGCCCAUGACGGCCCAGCCGACCUACUCCUACCCCUCCUCCUCCUCCCACAGCCAGGACUCAGUGGUCGUCAACGGGGAGUCCAACCACAGCGGGCUGAAGCAGAAGUCUGACAUCGAGCACUACAGGAACAAGCUCCGUCAGAAGGCCCGGAGGAAGGGCUACGGGGAGUUCUCGCUCUCCGGCAGCGGCAGCCACGCCCACGGCCAGCGGGACGCUCGGCACGGUCGCCACGACAACGGGCUCAAGGAGCCGAUGACGGCGGAGGAGAAACGGGCCUCCUUUGCCGGAUGCCAUAAAGGGUACUCCCAGCGCGAGCCAGCCUACUGGAGCCGGCAGUCCCUGAGCAGCUCCAGUCCGCUGGAGACGGAGAUGGACCUGCUGCUGCUGCGGGAGCGCUCGCGCAGGGGCAUCCGCAACAACGGCUACGACGCGGAGGCAGAGCCCUUCGAGGAGACCAACGUGGACCGCCUCAUGACCUCGCUGGGCUUCGGCGGCGGCGGAACGGGCAGCACCAGGAACGGCAGCUUGGGGGUCAAGGGUCACCGCGGUUCUGACUCCUCCACACUCAGCUCCCAGCCCUCAAUCGACGAGGUCCGCUCGCAGAUGCACAUGUUGCUAGGCAACGCCUUCAGCCUAGGCCCCCCGGACCACGACCCCCCGUCGCCGCCGACGACGAGCAGCCACCAUCGCUACAACCCCCACGCCCACACCGCCUACAACCCGGCCCACAGCGCCCCCUACUGCGGGGGGGUGACCAGCGCCCCCGGCACCAUGAACCUGCCCUGCGGGGGGCGCCAGAGGAGCGCGCCCGGCUAUGGGGACAUGCACCAAUGUAGCCUGCCCAAACCGGGGUUCAGGUUCACCCAGCUCCCCGACAUGGGCGUCGGACCCCCCCCCCCACUGAUCCCCUCGCGGCCCGGCCCCCCCCCGGGAACCUCUGUGAGGCGAUCCACUCCAGAUGUGAGUUUGAAACCCCGCCUGGCUGAGACCCCUGAGCAGCACAACGGGGUCCCCUACCCCCCGCCCUCCCGCACCCCCUUUCCUGCUGUCACCGUGGACCAGUCCAUCAGCAGCUACUCAGGGAACCCGAUGACCGCCGUCUACGCCAUCUCCGCCAACCGCCCGGGCUACUCGGACUACUACGUCAUGUCCCCGCCCGCCUCCUACCGCAGUCCCUCCUGGAUGUCCUACCCGCCUGAGCAGGAGGACCUGCCCCGGCAGUGGAGCGACACCCCCAACUCCCGCCACCUGGAGACGAUCUGCUGAAGUCCAGAUGUUGCAUUAACAGCUGCUUUCUCGACGUCCGUUUGGCCAUAGGACUCCUCUUCGCCCUGAAGACUUCGUUAAGCUCUCAUGACGCCAUGACACCCCCGGAACGCACUGGGCUGCGCUCCUCUGAAAACAAAAACAAUGCCUAGAGCUCCAGCGCCCCCCCCAGGUCAUGCCCCUUUCACUGAUCACCCCCCCCCCCCCCCCCGACAACCACCACAAUACGGCACCUCCAAAGCCCCCUGAUCCAGAGAUCAAGAUCCCCUUUUCUAACCAAUGUGAAUACUCAGCCAUAACCGACUCUUUAGGUGUUUAGCUCUCUCUCUCUCUCUCUCUCUCUCUCUCUCUCUCUCUCUCUCUCUCUCUCUCUCUCUCUCUCUCUCUCUCUCUCUCUGUCUCUGUCUCUGUCUCUGCCUCUGUCUCUCUUUCUCUCUCUCUCUCUCUCCCUCCCCCUGGCCUCUCGCUCUCCCUCUCGCUCUUGCUCUCUCCCUCCCUCUCUCUUCCUCUCCCUCUCCCUCUCCCUCUCCCUCUCCCUCUGGUCUCUCUUGUUUCUCCCGGAGCCCAUGGACCUCAGAGCACAGCUGGGUCCCCACUGCAGAGCUCUUAGCUCCACCCCAGAACUCCUGACCUCUGACCCUGACUGCAGUGACCUCUGACUGCAGUGACCUUUGACCCUGACUGCAGUGUGCUGUGUGAGACUGGACCGCUCCUCUUCUCCUGGCCCAGCCUAUGAGAGGCUCCGGUCUGCAGGAAGGGGAGGGGCUUCUGCCAUGGUCAGGAACAGUUCAGUACCAGCACACAAGAACGCUUUACAAUGGGAACACAUGGGCCCCUAGCCCAGACCCCCUGGCUCGGCCCCGGAGCCCCUGGCCCGGCCCCGGAGCCCCUGGACUGGCCCUGGAGCCCUGGCCCGGGACCCCCUGGCCUGGCCGGGACCCCCAGCCCGGGCCCCUGGUCCUCACUCUGUAGAGUUACUGCCAUCGUUACAGCAGGCGUUUGCUGGGGGCUACACCCCCGCCUGGGUUUGUAUUUGGAUGGGGGCUGGGUGUAUGGUGGGCGUGGCUUGGGGGGAUAGUGGGGUAAGUGGGCGGGGCUUAUGAUAGGGCCGGCUUGUCAGUAUAAGAUCGACCAUGACGUCGCCUAAAAUCCUGGACUGAUUUAAAACUGUGCUUUUUUUUUCUCUGUUGAUCGAUCCAAUUUCCUAUGUAUAUCUUCUAAAGUAUGUGUAUUUUAAAUUUAAAAUGGGAAAGAAAACCCUAUGGGAAACACUAGUUUAAAAAAAACACAUCUUCGUCUUGAGAUGACUCUGUUUAUGUUCUUUGGAAUAUUUGUGUGCUUCGUCUUCUUCAUUUUUGUGAUUCUUUUAAAUGAAUAACUGUACAGAAACAGUUGUGGGGUCUCCACACUCCUCACACACCAUGAAGGCCAACGAUACUGGCACCGCAGACAACUCCAUGACUUUGUUGUGUUUGGUUAUGAGACAAUGGCUUUUAGUUUUUCUUUUGCUGUAUUUAAAAAAGAAAAAAAGGAUGUCUUUACAUUUGACCUUCAUCCAAUAUGUCGCUUAAGAGGAUAUUGUUAGUGGCUCGGCUCCGUCCGACAUCGGAUAACGACAGCGUUGGUCGGAGAUCCGUCAGAGCUGGGUCAAAACGGUCUCUUUGUUAAUUAUUCAAACACACUUCAGGAGGGGGCUGACUGAACCUGCUCCGUAUCCACAGAGCCAACGUCUCUCUCUCUCUUUCUCGCUCUCGCAGAUUUUAUCCGCCACUGCAAUUUUCUGGCUGAGAGGGUCGCAGAAAGUGUGUUUUUCUCUUAAGUAUCAACACAGCAGUAUUAGUACGUUUCAUUGUAAGGUGCCUUGGAUUAAAGCCACCAGAUAAUGUAUAGAGUUGUAAAGUGAUUUAAAUGAUUCCAGUUUGACCCAGUUCUGUUCAGACCAUGUGAGCCACCUCUGUGUUUCUUUAUUUUUUUUUAUCAAUGGAACUUUUACUUGAAAAAUGUGUCUACUGUGUUCUACUGUAAAUGGAGAGAAAUCAAUUUUCGGUUGCUUUGGUCCUGAUGAUCGGGUGAUGAGGUCGAUGUAGGGAGAGUAUCCUUGGAAUAAGGUGUUUUAACUCUGUUCUAGCCCACUAGGCCUGACGGGCCGUACCGGUGAUGAUUAGAUAUAAUACUGUACAUAGAAGAUGAUCGAUUGAAGAGGUUUAUGCAAGGCACUUGGAAAGAUUUUUAGCUUGAUGUCAUUUUGAUCCUUCCUAUGUCAUUUUGUUUUUCCUCCUCUUUACUUUGUUCAGGUUUCUUUUACCAUCUAUGUCGAAAGACCAUCGGACUGAACCACAUGCAUUCUGUACACAGAGACAGAGAGCGAGACAAUGAGUGGUGGUGUGAGACACUCCCAAGAGGUCUCGUGAGUAGCUCUGCCAUGUGUGUGUGGGGGGGGUAUCUGUUAAAUAUAGGUCAACACAGCCAUAUUGGCCAGAAUAAGGCAAGUUUUCGAUGCAGAGAAUGUCACAUUUAGAGGAGAGGAUAUUUAGCCUCUCAUCUUAGGGCCGAGGGGCAGAACCAAUCAGCACUGGGCUCGCCGUUUCACCAAGUUGAGGUUAAAUGGGUGUACCAUGCAUGAAUACGGGCAUUUCUGAUAGAAAGAAAAAGCUAAAAUGUGUCAAUAAUGGCAUUCAAUACCAAAUAAAAGAGAAUAUAAGCUAUAAUAUAGAUUCUACGAUAGAAUAGUAAUUUAGUUCAUUUAUGAUGUUCACAUUUGAUAGCCAUUUUGAAACCCACUUGAAAAGGGUUUAAGUGCUUAUAAUCCAAGCUUAGCUGCUGGUGUGAAGCUUGAAUUACCGACUAUCAACUUAAAAAAGAAAAGAAAGAAAAGGCCCUUUUAAUCGCUUUGGAGCACCUAGGAGAUUUAAACUUGAUUUGAUCAGUAUUGACUGAAUAAUUCUUUCGAAGAAACCAUGGAUCAUGCGUGUGGAUAUUGUUACUGUAAAAGCACAGUAUUUGGACCGUGUUUAAAUCCUUCAAUGAACUGAAAAGUUCUCAUUUAGUGUUUAUGAGAAGAAAGCGAACAUCCUCAUCCAUAAUCAUAACUGUGUUGUGUUGAACCCAGGGCAAGGCAAGGGAUGUUUCAUAUUUCGAUAUUAAUGUGCAAUAUUUGGACUGGCGAGCAGCGUUUACUGAAGAUGGACUCGGGGAUGUAUUAUUGAUAUUAAUUCAUGAAUAUGUUAUUUAUUUAUUUAUUGGUUCGUUCUGCUGUGCGAGCCAUGUGAUGGCACGCUUCUGUCACACGGAAACGGUAGUGUCACUAUGAUGUCAUCAUUCAGCCAAAAUGGAGGACACCGCUGGUGAGAGAAAUAAGUGAUAGUGGAUAUAGUUACGCAGUCAACAUUUCUGGGUGAAUUUAAAUAAUAAAGACUAUAACUACA